CGAGGCCGAGCUCUUCGGUCCGCGGAAAAACUCCCCGAAAUCGGGGACCUGGUCCCGGCGGCUCGCGGCCCGAGAGGCCCCUGUGUUCGAAUCCCGACGCGGGCCGGGCUUGGGGCUUCGUUGCACGUCCAGCUUCCCUCCUCUGUUUUAAAAAAAAGAAAGAGAGAGAGAGAGAGAGAGAGAGAGCAGCUGCAGCAGAAGAAAAAGAGGCCGGACUAGACGAUGACGUGGGAGGGCCCCGUCGGCUCUGGUUCGGGGCGCCCCGCGAGCCCUCUUCUCCGUAGUGUGGACCGAGGGCUGCGGCCGCUGUGCCACGGCUCCCGUGAAGGAGUGCGGCGUCUGCCACCCCUGCUCCCACCGUCGCUUCCGCACUUGAGGACUUGCCAGCUGGGACGAAGCUCUUUUAGGGCCGGUCCGGCGGCGCUUAUUAAGCGCCUACUACGUGCCGGGCGUUUUGCUGAGUGCUGGGGGAUGCCGAGAAAGGCCCGGGAGCUCGGUCGGGUUGCAGUUCGACUCUCACCAAAGUGAAACAAAAGUUAUCUAACUUUUCCUGAUCUUGAGGUUGUCUGGAAAUGCAACCUGUGAGUUACUAACUUGCAGAUUGCAAAGUGUCUCCACUCCCCAAAGGAGGGUUUGGGGAUAUUCCCUGCUCUAAAAAGUCCUGGAAAAUUGACUAGUGUUUAAGUGUGAGUAAAAGGUGUCCACAUUUUAUUUUCAAAUUCUAAGUAAUAUUUAAUUUUUGUUUUGUCUUGAAUAGAAUUUGACAAAAGUUAACCUAGAGAUUAUGCAACUUUUAUAAGAAUCAAAUUUCCUUUUAAGUUCUGGGGACUGGUUUAAAAAUCUAGAGUAAACCUUAAGCAUAACAAUAUUUUUAUUUAAACUUUUUGUUAUAACAUGUCAACAUCAUUGCAAAAUUAAGAGUUUGAACACCUCUCUAACUUGAAUAGAUAAGCAAUUAUAAAUUUCUUACUGAUGGUAGCUUAAAAUUUUUGAAAUUGAGCUGCUCAAGCAAAUUUUUGCAUGGCUAAUCCUUGAUACCUUGUUAGCAGAAUUGGUAUUGAUUUGAAGGAAAUGUUGUCUCUCAUCAAAUGUUAAGCUCCCCAUGUUUUAUAUAACUGUGGCUUCUCUGGCUUCUGUAGUUUGCUGUACCAUUUAGUUGUCAUUAUUCUGAUCAUUUCCAUCUAUUUUGGUUAAAGCUCAUGUGGAAACAUUAAUGUUAUACAUGCAUCCAUACUAUACACAUUCAUAUGUGUAAGGAUAUUAUUUCAUCAGCAUUUGUGGGCUGGUGCAAGAUUUCAGCCUUUUAAAAAAGAUUCCUCAAUUCUGAGUUUUUAACCAUUAUUUUUAAAAAUGCAUUCAAAACUAAAGACUUUUAUGAUAUACUUUAAAGAUGAAAAAUCACUCAAAUGCUUUGGUUAUGCACAUUUGUGUAUAUGUGUUUGUGUGUAUAAACCAAUUUGUAUAUAUGUAUAUGCUUAUAUACAUAGAUACACACAUACCUAUACUUUUACAUACACGUGUAUUUUCAGUAUACAGAUAAUAAAGAUGGGGGAAGGUUUCUGUUUUUUCUUAAUAGGUGAAGAAAUCUUGAAGACCAGAAUUGGAUAUUAUUCAAUUUUUUGUUUUUGUUUUUUUAAAAAAAAAAAUAAAUUGUCCGGCUGUGGAAGAUGGAUCUUUUUUGUAGCCCUUUGAAUUUCAAGUUCAUCUUUAAAUGAACUAUUUUUUUUUUUGGAAGAGAUAACUAACCCUGGCUGUCUCCAGUCUGACAGAGGUUAUUCGAAUGGACUUAUUCUUCCAAUAGUUGGGAGAAGUUUAAAAAGCACAGUCUGUGUUUGAAUUGUGGCUGAGAGGUGUUUCCUUGGCAAUGUGAGGAGGAAAAUUCUUUCUGCCCCUUUAUUAUUAAUUCAUGGAUUGAGUGUUGGUUCGACCUACAGGAGUAAUAAAUUGGAAUUCAUUGAAGACAGACGAUACUGUUGAGGUCACCCAGCUAAUGUAACAUUUUAAAGAAGAUUUCAGUGGUUGAAUUGCCUGUGGAAGAUUGAGCCUGUUGAAGAUUGAGCCCAUUUGAGAAAAUUGGAACCUGGUUCUCAUCUAGAGUAGUGGCUUGUUUUCAAGCCCCAUCAUUUGAUCUAAGGAUCUGGCCAGCAUGUCUAAUCAAGGAGAAGACUGCUACUUUUUUUUCUAUUCUACAUGUACUAAGGGAGAUAGUUGUCCAUUCCGGCACUGUGAAGCUGCCUUAGGAAAUGAGACUGUCUGCACAUUGUGGCAGGAAGGGCGCUGUUUUCGACAAGUCUGCAGGUUCCGACAUAUGGAAAUUGAUAAAAAGCGGAGUGAGAUUCCAUGCUACUGGGAAAACCAGCCAAUGGGAUGUCAAAAAUUAAAUUGUGCAUUUCAUCACAACAGGGGACGCUAUGUUGAAGGCCUUUUCCUACCUCCAAGCAAAACUAUUUUACCCAUUGUGCCUGAGUCACCAGAUGAAGAGGUGAAAGCUAAUCAGCUCUCAAUGCAGCAGAACAAACUAUCAGUCCAGUCUAACCCUUCCCCCCAGCUUAGAGGUGUAAUGAAAGUGGAAAGUUCAGAAAAUGUUCCCAGUCCCACACAUCCUCCAGUUGUAAUCAAUGCUGCAGAUGAUGAUGAAGAUGAUGAUGAUCAGUUUUCUGAAGAAGGAGAUGAAACUAAAACACCUAUUUUGCAACCAGCUCCUGAAGUCCAUAAUGGAUUGCGCAUAACUGGUGCUCGGAAACCUGGGGUCAGCUUAAAGCAAGGUGAUAAUUUGAAUUUUGGAAUAAAAACUCUUGAAGAAAUCAAGUCAAAGAAAAUGAAGGAAAAAUCUAAGAAGCAAGGAGAAGGGCCUUCAGGAGCAUCUGCUCACUUACUUCAACCACAGCCCAUUCCAGGUCCUGAGAAAGAGAAUGUCAGAACUGUGGUGAGGACAGUGACCCUAUCCAACAAACAAGGAGAAGAGCCUUUGGUGCGACUGAGUCUUACAGAAAGGCUAGGGAAGCGGAAGCUCUCAGGUGUUGACAGUGACCCUCCACUGAAGCGAAGCCUUGCUCAAAGGCUUGGGAAGAAAAUUGAGUCUCCAGAAAUGAAUACUGAUAAAACACCAAAGAAAGUUCAAGUUUCUAAGUCUCUGAAGGAGAGAUUAGGAAUGCCAGCUGAUCUAAAUAGUAUGGAGACAACAGCAGAAAGAUCUGCAAAAGGUGGAGAGAUCCAUGUGAAGACACUAGAAGAAAUACGUCUUGAGAGAGCCAGCCAGAAACGAGGAGACUUGCAAACCAAAAUCAAGAAUGAAGGAACCCAUAAGACUGAAGAUUCCAGUUUAGGGAUAAGGAGCUCUUCUGCUAUUCGAAUCAAAACAUUUUCUGAGGUCCUAGCUGAAAAAAAACACCGGCAGCAGGAAGAAGAGAGACAGAAAGCUGAGAAGGAAAAUCCUUCUGUUAAGCUCAGAAUAGAGAGUGAGUCUAAGAAAGCAGUUAUCUUGCCUCCUACCACUGCCAGCAAAGGGCAAUUAGAAGAGCCUACAAGUAAAACCAAGCCCAUGCAGGAAGUUCAUAUAAAAACCCUGGAGGAGAUCAAGCAAGAAAAGGCACUGAGGGUACAACAGAGUGCUGAGAACAGCACCAACUCCCAGCCACAGGCUGAGGCUACUCCAGUGAUAAGACGACUGCUUCGCAUCACCAAAAGAACAGGUACAAAAGAAGAGAAGAAACUUAGUGAAGCAGCUGACAUCACAUCUCGUAUUGGUGUUACUCGAACAGAGACUGUUGAGGUUUCCUCACAGCCUUCAGAUGAGACCACAGGAGAUGGCAUUUCCAAAGUUCAAGUCAAGAAAUUUGAGGAUAUCAUGAGAGAGAAGCGCAUGCAGAAACAGCAAGAGGUGGAAACACUACAAAAGGAGAAAACCGUUUUGACACCCCUUCAGGAAGAAGCAGCACCUAGUAAUACACAAAUGGCAGAGAAAUCAGAACUGAAUACUGUGCCAGGAAUCACCCGCCAGCUGACAAAGCGCAUGCCAGUAAAAGCCCAGCAAGUAGAGGUAGAAACUUCAGGAAUUGGGGAUUCAAUACUGAAUGUGAAAUGUGCAGCACAGCCCUUAGAAAAAAGGGGUAAAGCCAAGCCCAAGGUUAAUGUCAAGCCAUCUGUGGUUAAAGUCAUUUCAACCCCUAAAUUGGCCACCAAACGCAAAGCAACUGAAGUCCACCCUGCUGUCAUUGCAGCUGUAAAGCCACUCAGUUCCAGCAGCAUUCUUCAGGAAAACCCAAGCAAGAAAGCCGCUGUGGCUGCUGUUCCAGUUCUCUCUGAAGACAAGCCAGUCACUGUGUCUGAGACAGAAAAAAACCCAAAUAGUCUUGAUCUGCUUCCAAGCCAAGCUGAUUCUGAUCCAUCACCACCCGAAGUAUCUAGUCCUUCUUCAUCCCAAGUGGCAACAAAAAGCCGCCGGCUCAGCUCUGCCUCUUCAGGAAAGCCCCCCCUUUCUGUGGAAGAUGAUUUUGAGAAACUGAUCUGGGAGAUCUCAGGAGGAAAAUUAGAAGCAGAAAUUGACCUGGAUCCUGGAAAGGAUGAAGAUGACCUUCUACUUGAGCUUUCAGAAAUGAUUGAUAGCUGAAAGUGGUGAAAGCUCACUUUAAAAAAAAACUCACAAAAAAACUGAAUUUCGUUUCAUCUAUUAUAACAUUUGCCUGAGGUGACUAUUUCUCUAGGCCAGGAUUUGCCCCAAUCAGAAGCAUACCUCAGAAGUAUCUAUACUUGUUUGGGCCUCCUGUGGGUCAAAUUAAAGAGAAGGCCUUUGGGCAGCCAUCCUGUCUAUUAUUGUUUAGCUUUGAGAUACAGUUCCUUGUCUCACCCUCCACCCCACCUCACCCCCAUCCCUUCCUUCUCCCACUUUAAAAAAAAAAAAAAAAAAAAAAAAGAGAAAGUAGAGAUGAGAUUGGGUUGGGGAGGGGGGCAUAAAGGAGCUUAAAGCUUUAAGGUCUAUGUUUGUUAAUUCUGGCUUUUUUCUUUGGGUCUUCUUUGUUGUGUGUAUAAACGGAUACAUGAAAGGUUAUUGGAGUUUGAAAAAGAUGAAGACAGCUGCUACUACUCUUAAGGACCAAAUUUCAUGCUGCCACUGAGCAAAAUACACUCAGCCUUUGUUACAUUGUCUGUCCUUUUACAAUGUAUUUAAACUGUAAACAUAGCUUUAGAGAGGGCUAAGCAGCUACAGGGAGCAAACCAGAAUAACAUGGACAAUUCUUAGGUCCGAGUUUUGGUGCUUCUGCUACUCUGAAGGCUUCUAACUAGCAAAUGCUUAUUUAUUUCUACUGUAAUUUUAAAAGAAUUUUUAUUUUUUGCUUGAAAGUGCCUCGGUGGUCCCAAGAACUACUGUUGCUAGGAUCCCCUGGUUUCUUCACAAGAAGUGACAUGAUUAGAAGAACCCUCUUCUCAGCAUGAAAGUUUUUCUCCUCCCUCUAACAGUUUCCCCACCACCACUGGCAUAGAAUCACCAGAAGUUGUGUGAAGGGUUAUGCUUUUUUGUUUUUUAAAUCUGUACUGCUGCAGUUCCAGCAAACUCUCUUGCCCAGGAUUUCUCUACCCUUAACCACCUAGAAAGGAAGCCAAAUCAGCUGCUGAUUUUCAUAUGUGAACUAUAGCAAUACACUGAACCCCGCUGUAAUAGGGAUGUUGAGAUGCUUUGGAGGUGUAUUGUGUACCUUCCAUUUUUGUAGAUGAUUUUUCCUACUAUUUCUGAAUUGAUUUUUUUUCUUGAUGUCCUCUCUGCAUCCCCUCAAGGAUUUUAGACUUGUGCUAGAAUAAGCCUAUUCAGGCUUGUGUUCUCAGAAGGAAAUAUACUGCAUUGUAAAUAUUUGUGUUCAUAUGGUAUUUUGAAGAAAGGGAAAAAAAAAAAAAAAAA